UAGAGGAAGAGGAAUCAAUCUGCUCCCCUCCCACGCCGGUGCCCCCCCGUCCAUCCACCCAAAGCCCCGGCCUUUUCAUCCUGUCCCCCCCCCCCUGCCUUUUCCUCUCCCCUCGCGCACUGCCGGUCGCAUCAUCAUUCCAUAUAUCUCCACUGCGUCGUCGCAGGAUCGAGCCGGAGCUAGCAGAGCGCGCGCGUGGCCAGCCGACCGGUGUCCGGGACGAGGAAGGCGGCGGCUGCGUCUGUGUGCUGGGCGCGCAUGGGAUGAGACGGCGGUGUGAGCGCGUCGCCUCCAGUGGAUGGAUCGCGGGGGCAGGGCGGGGCCCGGCGCCGUCGGUAGCGCCGGCAGCCUCGGCCUCCGGAUCGGGCAGGCCGCCUGCUCGUCGGCGGCGCUCAUGUUCAUGUCCGUCGGCGUCGAGUUCUUCAGCUACACGGCCUUCUGCUUCCUGGUUACGAUCAUGGGCCUGCUGGUGCCCUGGAGCUGCACGCUCGCCAUGAUCGACGUGUACUCCAUACUCGUCGGGUGCCCGCUCCACGUGCCCGGUGUCAUGGCCAUCGUCGUCGUCGGGGACUGGGUGCUGUCGAUACUGUCGCUGGCGGCCGCGAGCUCGAGCGCCGCCGUCAUCGACGUGCUCCUGGAGUUCCACGGAUCCCACUGCGCCCCGAGGCUGUGCGAGAGGUACCAGCUCUCCGCCAUGAUGGCGUUCCUGUCAUGGCUCCUCACGGCCGCAUCCUCCCUCUUCAACCUGUGGUACAUCGCCUCCAGGUGAGGUGAGGGUGGGUGGUCGCCAUAGGACUCCAGAUUCUGACUCGCUGCAGCGUCUCUAGUCUAAAUUCUGUAGUCUAUUGUUUCUGGAAGGAAGGUUUUGUAUGUGUAUAGCUGGAAGGUUUUGUCUUCAGAAACUUGCCUAUGACUAACUAGCCAUUCUGGGCUUGAUGCUAAAAGAGUCAAUUAAA